GUUGGGUAUAAAAAAGGCAGAUACUUGGAUUGCAAUAGCAGUAGUGAUAGCUAUCUUGAAGGUGCACCGAGCGAGCGUCACUGAAACGUGGCUGAAUGCCUCUCAAAACCCUGAAAUCCCCGAUCCCCCACCACCAUGGAUAUGGAUACGGACCCUCUAAACCAAAACCAAAACCUGGGUUCACCCUUUUCCCUCUGAACCGCACAUUCGUCUGUUGCAGAGGCCUCGAAAUCGCCGUCCCCAGACCCUCGUUUCACUCCAACGUUGGACCCAAUUCGAAACACGUGGACGUUGCCACCUUGAGCAACCUCUGCGUCGACAUCGUCCUCAAUGUCCCCCAAUUGCCCCCUCCCUCCCCUCUUCAGCGCAAGGCUUUCAUGGACCGCUUGGCCCAGUCUCCGCCUGACAAGAAAUAUUGGGAAGCUGGUGGGAACUGCAAUAUGGCUAUAGCAGCUGCAAGGUUAGGACUCGACUGCAUAUCAAUUGGUCAUGUGGGUAAUGAAAUCUAUGGGAAGUUUCUGUCAGAUGUGCUUCAUGAAGAGGGCAUUGGUUUGGUUGGGAUAGUUACUAAUGACGAUAUCAUCAACAUCUCUAAUGGCAAUAGUGCCUCUUAUGAAACUCUUCUAUGUUGGGUUCUUGUUGAUCCUUUACAAAGACACGGUUUCUGUAGUCGGGCUGAUUUUAGCAAGGAGCCUGCAUUUCCUUGGAUGAGUAAAUUGUCCAGUGAAGUUAAAAUAGCUAUUAAAAAUUCAAAGGUCUUGUUCUGUAAUGGAUAUGGCUUUGAUGAGCUCUCUCCUGGUGCACUACUCUCAGCAAUGGAAUAUGCUGUUGAAGUUGGCACAUCUAUCUUCUUUGAUCCUGGACCACGUGGAAAGAGUCUCUCCACUGGGACCCCAGAUGAACAAAGAGCUCUUAACCAGUUCCUGAGAAUGAGUGACGUUCUUCUUCUAACUUCUGAUGAGGCUGAGUCCUUAACUGGCAUAGGAGAUCCAGUAUUAGCAGGGCAGGAGUUGCUCAAAAGAGGGAUCCACACAAAAUGGGUGAUUGUAAAAAUGGGUUCUAGGGGUUCGAUUCUAAUAACGGCUUCAAGUAUAGCUUGUGCACCUGCAUUCAAGGUGAACGUUAUUGACACUGUUGGGUGUGGAGACAGUUUUGUAGCUGCUAUUGCCUAUGGUUUUAUACAUAAUAUGCCACUGGUUAAUACAUUAGCAAUUGCAAAUGCAGUGGGUGCUGCAACAGCCAUGGGCUGUGGUGCUGGAAGGAAUGUAGCGACACUGGAAAAGGUGGUACAUAUAUUACGAUCAUCAAACCUCAAUGAAGAUGAUGAAUUUUGGACUGACAUACUUGAAAAGAAUGUGGUAGCUCAGGAAAUAACAUAUCUGUCAAACGUGAUGAACGGAAACCAAAAUCAGUUCAAUCUUGUCCCAUUUGACAAGGUUGUCUCUGAGCUCUUGCCCAAAUUUGAACUUCCACAGACAGUGGGGAGUGUUCCGACUUGAUAGAUUGUAGAAAAAUGGAUUGCAGCCAGUUAUAUCCAUUGACGUGAAAGAACUCUUCUGAUUCUCGGGUUCUUUGCUUCUUCAUGUAAAAGUAAACCAAAAAAAAAAAAAGUCAAGCAUCAAGAUCGCAGAGAUUUAUCUCUCAACAGGGUUACAUAAAUUGCUUUGAGCAAGUACAUGAAAGGUAGCUAGCUUCUCAUCAAGCAUUUUCACUGAAUUUUGGCAUUUAAGUCUCAACAAUAUUCCUUUGAUAACAAAGAUAUUUUUACUUUCUGAACUGGUGUGACGGAGCUGUUAUCCUCUGAAAUACCAAUUUGUUGCUUCAUUUUUUUUUUUUUUUGGCAUGAAUGCUUCUCAGUGAUAUGUAAUAGUCUCCAUAUUUUCUUAGUUGAUUGUUGUCACAGGGAAAAGCUGUUUGUUUGUAUGACUUCCAAUAUUUGCGUAGGGAUCACUCUACAUUAGCUUUUC